UCCCUAAAAACAAUUAAACUUCGUCAGAAUCACAUUGUUUUCGUCAAAUCUCGUUGUCUGCGUUGCAAAGGACGUGUCAGUUUUCGCUGUAGCGUACUUUUGUUGUUAUAGAGCACUGGUUAUGGGAAUCGUUCCUGAAGGCUGAUGAGGCUAUUUUUUGGUUUCGGGUUUGGCCUGACAGCUCUUUCUUUCGGUGUCUCUCUAGGCCUCUUGCCCUCUCUCGGGACCCGAAUCCAGCACAAACACUCCGUACUUUUGCCCAGAAUGGCGGAAGCAAUUCAGCGGCGUUAUAUUUUACCGACUCUUGGGCUUUUAAAUGGGGGGGGAGCGUCCCAUUUACUACUAAAUUGUUCCUCUUCGCCAUCUGUUGCACACGACGGCAAGUUAUGUCUUUGCUCUGUUUCGAAGUUUCCAUGCAUUACGCUUGGUGUUACAGAAUGUGGCGUUCCUUUUACUUUAGUGCACACGGCGCGUAAAAUAACAACAAAGUUCUGGAAACAGCAUCAUCAUUUGCUAUCAGGGUCGCUGCAACAAGUGCUAACAUGGUUUCCCAGAUGCAGGGCCCAGGAAUAGACACGGUAUGAUCUUUUCUAUUCAAUGAAAGCUUCUUACGAACAGAGCUCAAACCAUUUGAAAUCAGGUGUUCUUACCAGCGAAUUCGUCCUUACGCCACUAGUAGAUACAUACGUAAACAGGUAUAACAUUUUCCAGUAUCACGUCGACAUUACGUAUUAUAUGGCGUGCGUAUAUGUGACCAAAUGUAUACAUACAGCAGUAACGAUACAGCCGAGUUCGACAUCAGUAACACGACGCCUUCUUGCCUAUAGUUUGCAGACACGGUGAUGUAGCAUGAU